AACCCGCCGUUUCGUCACCAUUUCCCCUCUCAAAUUUAGGAAACCAUCCCAACCUCUCCUUAUUCGUCCCAAACGUUUCAUUUUCCUCUCGAAUUCUUCACAACUUAGGGUUUCCUCCUAAUCUGAAUUCUUUGCUCCGUUUAAUUAACCAGCCGCCAUGGAAUUCAAAUUCCGAGCCGGAGACGACCGCCCUGCCUCUUCCUCCUCCACCGUCCGCUACUUCUCCUCCGAGCGAACAAUCCGAGGCCAAUCGGUUCUUCCAUCCUGGGCCGUCUCGCCUCCGCCUCCACCGCCGCCGAGCUCGGGUCCUGACCCGACCGGUUUUCCGAAUCCGGAUUAUUUCACGGUCCAUGACCCGAUCCUGCACCCGACCAACGCCCGCGACGCACUGCAACGGCAGAUGGAGAAGGACAGGAUCAGGGAGGAGAUUCUUGCGGCGGAGAUGGCGCGGCGGCGGGUUCUUGAAGCUGAGGUCAGGAGAGAGCUGAUGAUGGAGCGAGAGAUCGCGAUGAAGAAAGCCGUCGGCGAUGGGCUCGGGUUUGAGGGCCCGUUCGGCCCAAUGCAGCAGGCCCAGUCUUUCGACCAUCGCGUCGGGUUUAGCUCUCGGAGUAGCUCGCCGUUGGCGAUGGUGCCGCGGCUGCCGGAACCUGUGCCUGAUAAUUUGGUGGUCAACGAGGAGUUGACCACGCCGGCUGGUCCUCUUGAGCUUAACAAUGAGAAAUUGAUUUUAUUGGCUAAACCCAACCCAGACCUUUCUGGACUGAAGCGGAAAAAGCUACCAUCAGAGGGUGCUAAUGAGAUUUAUCAAUAUACUAUGAAGAAGAAGAAGAAGAUACCCAAGGAGGAAUGGAGUUGUGCUCUGUGUCAAGUUACUGUAACAGAUGAGAAAACAUUUGAAGGUCACCUUAAUGGUAAGAGGCAUAAGGCCAGCGAAAAGAGACUUGGAGCUGAAAUUCUAGGAAAGAGUUCCAGCAAUGCACCAAUUUCAAAGAGUAAUGCAAAACUUUCUGAGCCUAAAGGUUUAGAGACCACUGCUGCUGCAAGCUCACAAUUAGGGGCCAAGGAAGAAGGUUUGCUUGACCAUAAUGAAGCCGGUGAUGGUUCAGACAAGAAGGAUACAGGUAUUUCAAAAGAGAAAACUUCAGAAGAGAAAAAGGUGGAACUGCGACUGCCAGUGCAGAAAGACCAAUGCGGAGAGGAUUCAAGGAACAAUGUUGAAGUAAAAACAGUGCACAUGAUGCAGAGAAAGGAAGAACCAACAAAAACAAAAAGAUUUGAGGUCCUAUGUGAAAUUUGUAAAGUUGGUAGCAACAAUCCAAAGGUGAUGGAGAAACAUAGGAGCGGGAAGAAGCAUAUGGAUAAGCUUAAGGAACUAAGAAAGAACAAAUUUCAAACCACCAAUGAAGCAAAUGUGAACACUCCCACCACAAAUUCUGUGUCAUCAUCCGGGGCUAUGCAGGAAGCAGUAAAAGGGCUUCAGCAAGAUAUAGAGAUUAGUGUUGCAGCGGCUAAUGUGAUCAAAGAAGCAAAUGCGAGCAUUUCAACCACAAUUCCUGUGGCAUCAUUGGCGGCGACUGAGAAGGCAGAAACUGUGGAGCUUCAGGAAUCUACUCAUGUCACCAAAGAAGCAGAUGUGAGCAUUCCAAACGCAGUUGCCGUGACAUCACGGGGACCUAGUGAAGAGACAAAAGCUGGUAGGCUGCUUGAGGAAGUUAUAAAGAAUAAUGUUCCAACCACUAAUGUGACCAAAGAAGCAAUUGCCAACAUGCCAACCACAACCUCAGUUGCCGUGGAAUCAUUCUGGGCUACUCAGGCGGCAGAAAUUUCGAGGAAAUUGGAGGCUUAUGAAAAGUUGAUCAAAGUAAAGUUAACCGAAUAGGGCGUGUCGAUGAUGAAAAUAUCAGGGGCCAAGGCAUUGCUGACUGCUUGUUAUUCCUUGUUAAUUUUGAUAAGCAAGCAACAUUCUAGUUGUAGAUUCCUUUCCUACAUUCUUUUGUAGAUCUGACUUGUUCUAUUCCAUGCUUAGUCGGUUGGUUCGAUGC